AUGACAGUAUUUGAUGAAUGCUUAUAUCUCUCCAUUGGCAAUGAUUUAUCUCAAUUUGGCCCGUGGACAGUUUAUAGGUCCGUCAUUAAUUUUCUUUCUUUUUUUCUUUCUUUCUUUCUUUCUUUCUUUCUUUCUUUCUUUCUUUCUUUCUUUCCAUUCGUUAUUUCGUCAUUUAUUAAUUUUCUUUCUUUCUUUCUUUCUUUCUUUCUUCUUUCUAUCUAUCUAUCUAUCUAUCUAUCUAUCUAUCUAUCUAUCUAUCUAUCUGUCCAUGCGUUAUUUGGUCAUUUAUUAAUUUUCUUUCUUUCUUUCUUUCUUUCUUUCUUUCUUUCUUUCUUUCUUUCUUUCUUUCUUUCUUUCUACUUUUCUUUCUUUCUUUCUUUCUUUCCAUUCGUUAUUUCGUCAUUUAUUAAUUUUCUUUCUUUCUUUCUUUCUUUCUUUCUUUCUUUCUUUCUUUCUUUCUUUCUUUCUUUUCUUUCUUCUUUCUAUCUAUCUAUCUAUCUUUCAUUCAUUCUGUCCAUGUUAUUUGGUCUUAUUUUCUUAUCUAUCUAUCUUUUCUUUCUUUUCCAUUCGUUAUUUCUUCAUUUUCGUCAUUUAUUAUUUUUCUUUCUUUCUUUCUUUCUUUCUUUCUUUCUUUCUUUCUUUCUUUAUUUCUGUUCAUCUAUCUAUCUAUCUAUCUAUCUAUCUAUCUAUCUAUCUAUCUAUCUAUCUAUCACAGUAUAUUCAUUAUCUAUCUAUCUAUCUAUCUAUCUAUCUAUCUAUCUAUCUAUCUAUCUAGUACAGUAUAUUCCUUAUCUAUCUAUCUAUCUAUCUAUCUAUCUAUCUAUCUAUCUAUCGUUUUUAUAA